UUUUCCCGUUGGCGACAAAUGUGACGGCAAAAAGACGAUCAGGCAACUGGCGGUGAUUGUGAAAAUUGCUAUCAUUUAUGACGAUCGCUACGCAGAAAAUACACUUCACAUGAAAAAUUAAUAAAUUUCAUUGCAAAUAUAAAAUGGAGGAAGAAAACACUGAAGAGAAUGAUGUUCAUAGCAUUGAUCUAAAUGAAUUUCACUCAAAUUCCUCUGGAACUUUUGAUCUUAAAUCAAACGUUCCAGAUGUUGCGAAAUUGGAGCCAUGUUGUAUGGGCAUUGAUGAAGCUGGCCGUGGACCCGUGUUGGGUCCCAUGGUUUACAGUACAAGUUUUUGUCCACUAUCGCAAGAUGAAAAACUUAAAGAAUUAGGCUUUGCAGAUUCAAAGAAACUAAAUGAAGAGCAACGUGAGGCAUUUUUCAAAGUCAUCAACCAAAACAGCAACAUCAUGGGUUGGAUAACACGAAUACUUUCUCCAAACUACAUUUCAAAUGAAAUGUUACGAAGGUUUAAAUAUAACCUCAACCAGAUGUCACAUGACACAGCCAUAUGGCUGAUCAAAAAUGUCCUUGACAGUGGUGUGGACCUUAAAGAGGUAUAUGUGGACACAGUUGGAGAUCCAAAGAAAUAUCAAAAAAAACUUGAGUUAGAAUUUCCGCAACUUCAGAUAAUUGUAGAAAAAAAGGCUGAUGCACAUUUUCCUAUUGUCAGUGCAGCAAGUAUAUGUGCAAAGGUUGCAAGGGAUAGAGUCAUUCAGACUUGGAAAUUUGUUGAAAAAAAGAAUUUUCCAAAGGAAUAUGGAUCGGGUUACCCUUCUGAUCCAUCAACAAAGAAAUGGCUUGCCGAUAUUGUCGACAAGGUUUUUGGAUAUCCGCAGUUUGUCCGCUUUAGUUGGUCAACUUGUAAAGAUAUUUUAGAUAAACGAUGCGUUCCAGUUGAAUGGGAUGAUGAUGAUAAUGAUGAAGGGAAUGCGAAGAAUCUCAAAGGCACAGCGAGUAUAAAGUCGUAUUUUGGCAAACAGGAAAAUAAAACAGUAGAAGCAAAACCUCAUCAAUUUUUUCAAGAACGAUGUUUAAAGUCAGCAACGUCUUUUUAACUAUUUUUUAAACAUGAGCACUUUGCUUGGUGUUUGUGCAAGUUAAUAACACGAUACUGACAUUGUCCUUUUACAUACAAAGUUAAGAUGUCACUUUUUUGAUAUUUAGUUCACACUCUAAACAACAAUAAAAAACCAAGUUAGUAUAGUCCUGAGAAGGACUGUUUUGUUGUCGUCGAAACGUCAGUCAACAACAACAAAAACAGUCCUUCGCAGGACUAUACUAACCUGGACGAUCUACAUUUAUACAAAAAUGUAACGAUACUCUCGGGUUCGAACCAUUUACUUUAAUAUACCAACUGAGGGCAUUUCGCGUUAAACUGCAUCUAUGUAGACGUCAGCAUAAGUAUUGUUGCCAGGGUCAUGCGUGGCAGAUUUUAUCUAGACUUAAAUAUUUGUCCCGGCGAACAGUGUUACACCAUUGGAACCAAAGAUAAGAAUAUAAUAUUUCUAACUGAAACGCUGAAUAAUUGAGUCAAAGAGUUGUUUUAAAAACUGUCAAGGUAGCUAAUAACGCCGAUUAUGCAAGAAGUCAAGAGCUCUUCCAUAUUCUAAGUGUGUUGAAAACAAAAUGAAAAAUUUGACAACUUUGCUUAAAGUAUUUAUUGUCAAACGUUAGAAUUUAUCAUAAGCUGUCAUUAUAACAUUAUCACCUCUAAUAAACAAUUGAUUUGUA